CUUGAUAACGUGCAUUCUCCAUCAGUUGUACAAACGCAUUUUUUUUUACAAUUUUUUUUCUUCCCCCAUUGCAUUUUGAACUGGAGUUUUGUGUUUUAACACCAGGAUGUCUUCCUCAGACAGAGUUGUUUUGGCACUUGGGGGAGCUGGCACUGUUGGAUCAGGAAUUGUCAAAGCACUGCUGGACAAAGGUUUCCGUGUGGCUGUGAUCUCCAGGGAUGGAAACAGACUUGAGAAGCUGCAGAACUUUGUCACCCCUUCCACCAAAGACCAUCUCUAUACACUGGUAGGAGAUGUGGGGACUGAGGAAGGAGCUGAAGCAGCUAAAACCAGCCUGCUGAAGAGUGUGGGCAAGGUGACCGACGUCGUGUCAUCACUGGGCUUCAGCUGGUGGCAGGGGGGCCCUCCCCACACGCAGACACUCAAGGAGCUCCAUCAGGUACUGGAAACUCUUCUCUUGAGCACAUUUACUUCCUGGAAAGCUUUUUUCCCAUUGGUGAAAGACAGUGCCAGUGGAACAUACACAUUCAUUACUGGUGGUGCUGGAGAGCGGCUGCUGAUGCCAGGGACUGGAUUUCUCACUCUGGGGGCAGCAGGGGCUCUGGCGUUCUGCCAGGUAGUCAGGGAGGAGUACCCUGAUGUGCCAUGCAAACUGAAUGAGGUGAAGGUAAACAUGGGAGUCGCCACCGCGGAGAGGAUGGGAACUGGUUACAUCAAUCACCUGGACCUGGGUGAGGCGGUGGCGUCUCUGGUGGAGAAGAGGAACAACUCGCACAAAGUGUUCAGCAUCAACUCCCCCGCUGACCUCAAGACCGUCUUCCUGGAGGGGAAAGUCUAAGUGUCCCUCCAGAGACUGAUAUGAAGGCCCUUUAGCAAUGGCACUUCUCCAUACACCAUAUACAGUACAUUAUAUUGUAGAGCUAAUGCAGACAUGCUAUAGGAACCGCAGUGACAACCAGUAGUUGUUCUGUAACCAUAGAUACAUUGUGACAACUCCCCCCAGUUUCCCUAAGAAAAGGCAUUUGUUGCUGCAUGUCUGGUGCUUCCAUUGAACAUACAGAAAAUACAUUUUUCACCAUCUAACAUUAAAAAAAAAUUAAAUAUUGAAAACCGAUAAUUCAUGAAAAGUACAUGUAUUUACAGUUAAUACCGUGAAUAAACUGAAUCUGUGAAUUAUUGCAUUGUGAAAAAAAACUGUGUAAAGUACUGCAGUUUACUUUAUCUGAGACCCUCAUGGUGAGGUUUAUUAAGCUUACUUCUCUAAAAUUUAAACUACCCUUUGAUGAUAAAACAAAACUACCAUAAUGGAUAAAUAAAAUUAGUGACUUAUAGUUCCAGAAUCAAACUGGGCCAAACCCAAAAUAUUUGUGUGAGUCUCUGCAUGUGUGCAUGUUUUUGCAACAUAGAUAUACUAGAUAGGGCAUACUUCCUUCAAACCACAGCUGAAGGUUUUUCUUUUCUUUUCUUUUGGAGCACUAACAUAUGGAUUAUAUACAAAUUGACACCAAAAAUGAAAAAGUAGGUUACAAUGCUUUCCUGUAUUAUUAUACUAGAUAGCUGGUCAUUUGCUUUCACCUUUUUUAAUGCCAAUAGAUUACUGAUUGUAUUCCAGUGUUAUUUUAUGUCUUGUUGUUAUAAAAUGUGACACCUGUCCAAACUAAUGUGGCAGCUCUAACCAUGCAUUAAACAAAAGACAUAGAAGUUGUUUUUGACAGAAAUAGUCCAGCUUUGCUGUAUUGGUUUGGCCUCUUCUCCCCUGUGUGAGCACAGUUAUUUAUAACAGGCUAUAUCAAUUGACUCGCCUUUUUGUUUUGUUUGCCCGUUAUAUUUGCAGGAACCACUCAUUCUGUUUAUGAUAAUGAAAGAUGGCUAAGCCUAUUUUGUAACAAUCGCAGUGCUUUAGCAGAGUCAGGAUUAUUCAGUCUGGAUGAUUCACUUCCGUUUCACGUAAAGGGACAUGGAUAUGUGCAAUGCAGUUGUCACUCUCUUUGCCUGCUCCAGAAACAUGAGCAGCACAACCUUAUCACCACAUCACUUCCAUGAGUAAGCAGCAGGUACUGUCCCACUAUGCCGCAGGUGGAUUUUUAAAAACUUUGCGUGAUAGAGUACAAAUAGUAAUAUCAAACUUACUAAUGGCAGACAGACUAGCCUUUGAUUUUUUUUUAAAUAAUAUUUAUCUGUAAUUUGUUCUUUGAAUUCAAGAUCGGUCCCCCUACUGGUUAAUUGCAUGCAUUGUCUCCUAGAUUAUGGAUUAUAGAUUACAUUUAAAUCACAUAAAGUUCUACAUUUAACUGGUGCUUGUAUUGGCAUAUGUUUAACAAUUGGCAUAGUACCAAAGAUUAACAUUUUCAAAAAAUACACCUUUCCCAGCCAGGAGAACAUGCAUGCAAAACAAUGCUUUAUUUAGAUGUAUUUCUAAAGGAAUAUAUCAAUUAUGCCAAAUUGUUCACAAAAAUAAAACACAACAAUUACUAAAUGAAAGUGCUGGGGCACGAGAGUAAGUUAAUACUGUUUGUGGCUACAGACUCACAUUAUAACAGUGGUUUGUAAAAGUCUUGGAAACAUUGGAUAAUAAUAAAAUUUUUCAUAAAAAAGCUACGGGAUGAUGAUCAGGGCAAUGAGAAACAGUAGCUCCAGUCCAUGGCAUGCUAAGGGAUAAAGUUCAUUCUAUAUUUAAAUGACAUCAUAGCAGAGUUCAUAUCAUAUAAAACACCAGUUAUUGCUAGAUGUGCCACUCUUAACUAAGUUUAGAAAACAAGUGAAUGUUUACUAGAGCAGAAGAAGUUUACUAGAGCAGAAGAACAUUAUAAAAAAAAAAAUUGAGACUAAAUGGUUUUAAAACCUAUUGUUAUAUCACUAGCACCAGUAAUAUUAACACUGUACCCCACCCCCAUGAAGAUAUUUUGGUAGGUAAGGAAAUUAAUUUUAAAACCUUGUCAGCACACCUUUAUAAUAUCUAUAGGUAAAAAAAAAAGUUGAAUGUAAAAUGAAAUGUAAAUGAACACUUAAACAUAUUCUCAAUUUGCAUUUCAACUCCUUUCAAUUUCUGUUUUCACCGAAACGCUUGAACAUGAAAAAAGCGUUGAAGCUGCCAAAUGCAAACUCAGUGCCAUGCAAUAAGUAUAUACUUGUCUGUGUUCCCAUCAGUGUCUGGAUUUGUAUUUACCCGUUUGCAGGCAUAAACCAACGGCACAAAGUGGAAACAUGACAGGGAGUGGUUGAGAUAUAGGGCUGGAUUCAUAAAACUUGACUUUUCUUAGCAGCCCAACUUUCUAAUUUUGCAGCUGUGCAUUUCUGUAGGUCUCUAAGCAAAUUGCUACAAAAAUAAUACAGACACGUUAAUUUAAAUGAGUUUGUCCUGUUUUUUCCAGUCUCAUGAAACAAUACCUUACAGAAAGCUAUUAAUGCAUGCCCAUUAUCCCCAUACAGUCUCAGAUUGGUAACCUCAGUUAUUACUUUACUUUAGCUGUGCAGUAACUGUGUCAAAGCUAACCUAUUCAUCACAAGUAAAUCAGACCAGGCAUGCAGACACUUGUUGAUGUCUACGGUGUGUAUUAAGCAGUGGAAUAAUUUUAUAUUGUGGCUCUGUGAUAGCAAGGGUCACCUGUUACAGGUAAAUCUAUAGGUACAUUCUCCUCCACACUUUUUGGUGUCAACUGCAUUUAGUAUUCAAGAUAAAUGCUUGUCUGUUGCGAUGUAACUAUUUACAGUAAAUACAUUUCAUGCUUCCUCGAAUCACUGUAAAGUGCAUGUUUUAAGACAUUCUAUUUGUAAAGAAACAUAACUGUCUUAUGUUUUGCAUCUUCAAUAGAAGCCAAUACCAUAUUCUAGUGGUUCUCUGUCCAGUUGGGACCCCUUUAAAAUUGACUUUGACCUGGUGUGUCCCACUUUUUGAAUUUCUAAUAAAUAAUACAUUAUUAUUAUCUA